AUGGGGGGUGCACGGAUGGCGCAAGGGGGGAUGGUAGGGGGGCGGGAGGUUGGGGGAGCAUCGGAGGAGGACGAGGAGGAGGAGGAGGGUGCGGGGACGUGGAGUGUUUAUCUGCUGCUGUCUGCGGAUGGGAAGAAGACAUAUGUGGGUGUUACUAUGGACGCUGAGAGAAGACGUGGGCCCUCCCUCAUUCUCCCCUGCCCUUUCUUCCCAUCCCCCUUACCCCUGUUCCGCCACACAACAACGGAGAGGUGUUGGAAGAAGCCAACUCAUCUCAGAAGUGCAUGCACCCAGCUCUUCUCCCCUCUCUUCCCUCCCCUCUCCCCCUUUCCCUACUCUCCCCCUUUCCCUACUCUCCCCCUUUCCCUACUCUCCCCCUUUCCCUACUCUCCCCCUUUCCCCCUCUCCUCUCCCCCUUCCAGGCUGAAGCAGCACAACGGGGAGGUGGUGGGGGGAGCCAAGUCAACACGGGCGGGCAGGCCGUGGGCGCUCGUGUCUGUGGUGUCGGGUUUCAGGACCAGGAGCGAAGCGUUCCAAUUCGAGUGGCGAUGGAAGAAUCCUCGGAAGCUCCGAGGCGAUGGCACCGCAUACGACCGCAUUGCAUAUGACCGCACCGGCGUGUCCUCCGCAUCUGCAGCUGCUACAGCCUCUGCCUUUGAUCCAUCAUCUUCACCCUCAGCACAUGCAGCAGCGGCAGGACUAGCAGCAGCGGAGCAAGGGCAAUCCGAGCCUCAUUUCUUCCUCAUGUCAAACGUGUGGCGAUGCACUAUCGGCAUCGCGUCGCGCCUCGGUGACGCGACGCCUCGUGCUCAGCUUUUCGACCGCGCCGCCCUGUUCAACUCAGUUGCCACUGCUGUCAGAGGUGCGGCGUGCUUCGCUGCCGCGUCUGCGACAAUCUUUCCGCCAUCAUUCGGCCGCGUAGUAAGCCACAGCCACGGCAGCGCAGCAACUCACAGUCCGGACAUCACGUAUCGUAGCUCUUCUGAGGCGCCUCAAAAGUCACUCGGCAGCGUCAGCCACGGCAGUGCAGCAACGCUUGACAGUCCGGGGGUCACGUAUCAAUGGUAUUGGGUCAAGUUGCGUCCUACUAAGCACAAGGGGAAAGUGAUUGGCGACAGAGGAGCAUUUGGGACACUCUUUUGGAAGAUUAUGAAGUUUUCACGAACGGCAUAUUACAUCAGCCUUUAUUGGGAAUACCGUAAACUCAGCUCGGGAGCUAUCCCUGUGCUACACUCGGGCACUUCCUGCACUGCUGCGGGCACUAUUUGGGAUCAAAACCCCCAAGUCUCGUAUAUUAACAUGACCACGCCCCCCAAGAAAGGUCGUAAACCGCGCUACGCCUUUUAUAAGUGGUACCAUUAUACGCCUGGGCAUUUGCAGAAGUCUUUAGAUAUCAUGAAGACUGGUGGUAGUGGUGCAGCCAUUUUCCACAUGCUACACACGUGGACCUCGAGCGUUGCACAUUCGUUCCACGUGUGCCCGCCCGCGUACUACGAGCGUGGCGAUCCGAGUCUGUUCGCGAAAAUGCGGGUCAAAAUGCUCCACGCGGUGGUUACCACUGGCUUCGCGACUCCCGCUAACAUCCAUCCGCGCAUCGCCCUCCGCCAACUCCCCCACUUCACCCGCCCCCUCUCUUCCGCCACGCCCGCGGCUCUCGAGACGGCGCACGCGCAGGCCCCCCGCGCCCCUUCCGCGACCAGCGAGCACAACGACGGCCAGCCGCACGCAGCGCGCUCCGCGGACAGCAGAGCUAGUUACGGCGGCGGAGGCGGUGGCGGAGGCCGCGGAGGAGGGGGCGGAGGGGGAGGAGGAAGGGGAGAUGGCGGCAAGCAAAAUUGGAAUCGCGCGCGCGGUGGAGGAGGGGGAUCCCCACCGUCCGAUCUGUUCGGGCACCAGAUUGGCCGCGAAGGGCGGCGAUUCGGUCAGCCAAUAGUGGAGCGCAAAGGGCGCACGAUCGAUGAGCGGAAAGGGGGAAAUACUCCCGCGCCCCCUCCCCCUUUCCCGCGGCGCAAGGGCCCUGGCGGAAAAGGCCCUGCGGACGGCGCAGGUCGCGGGAGAAAAGAAGCGGAAUCUUUCCGCCAGGGGCGGUUAGGCGGGAGGGGGAUUAGCGACGGUAGCGACUCAGGGGAGGAGAACGAUGAUGACGUGUACGAUGACAUGGAUGACGUGGCAGACAUGGAGGCGGAUCUGCUCCCCGGAAUCCCGCGCAACCCGCUGCCCAGGAGCGCGCGGGAGGGGGGCUUCGGCUCAAGCGCUGGCGCGGGCGCAGCCGCUGGCGCGGGGAUAGGGGGAACCCUGGGGGUGGCGGAAGCGGAGGUGGCGGCGGAAGGGGAGCCCGGGGCGGGGAUGAGCUGGAUUAUGAAUGACGUGGACAUGGAUGAUCUGUCAAUGUUCGCGCCAGUUUCUUUGAAAUCUGCAGUGUUGGACCCAGUGCUGAAUCUGUCUCCAGCAGGAUUCGAACCCUCGUCUCCCAUGAGCAGCAGUGGUGUGGGUGAUAAAUGGAAGCUGCAACAAGGGGGGCAGUCACAACAAGGGGCGGGAAUGUUGAAGAAAAAGGAGGGAGUGGGAAACGAGGGAGAGGGGGGGGAGGAGGAGGGGGAAGAGGAGGGGGAGCGGUUGGUGCCGGAGCAGUGGCGGUGGGUUCAGGAGGAGCCCAAGUGGGUGUCACUGCACACCAUGGCAGCCACGGGCCAGACGCCCUUCGUCUCGCACCUGCUCGCCAGUGGCGCUGCUGUUGACGCCCUUGAUGCCCACGGAGCCACAAUGUUGCACCAUGCAGUGCGCACAGGCAACGUCGAAAUGGCACGCCUGCUGCUGCAGAAGGGAGCUGACGUCAACGCUGCAGACCAGUGGGGGUGGACGCCCAUGCACGUGGCAGCGCAGAGCGGGCGCAUAGAGAUGGUGCGAGCGCUGCUGGUGCUGGGGGGAAAGACACGAGUGCAAGCACAGGACGGGCGCACCCCUUUGGACAUAGCGCAGGCCUAUGGGCCGGCUCACGGGCUGUACAGUGUGGUUGAGAUGCUGCGACGCCCACCCAAGUGUGGUUGA